GAGCUGCGGGUUAUUCCCUGUGCGCACAGAUUUCAUAAGAAGUGCGUCGACCCCUGGCUGCUCCAGCACCACACCUGUCCCCACUGUCGACACAACAUCAUCGAGCAAAAGAAGGGAAACCCAGGUGCAGCGUGCAUGGAUCCUGGCAACCCGGUGCACGGCCGACAACGGGUGGUGCUGCCGGUCCACUAUCCUGGCAGGGUUCACCGAGCAGGCCAGGUGACCGCCUAUCCAACCAGAACCAGCAUGGACCCUCACGGCAACGCCAUCACAGUGCUCACCGUGGACCAGCACCCAGAUCCUCAGGGUCUGUACCCACCCCAGUCCACGUCUGCCUUUCUCCGCAGCUACCACCCCACCCUCCACCUGGACCACUCAUUCAACCCCCACCACUGCGGAUUAGAGCACCGCGGACCCCCAGCCUACCCAGCACAGCCGCAUCACACUGCUUUUAAACGACCCAAGUUCCACGGUCGCAACUUUUCUCGAGCAGCCUGCUUCUCGCAAUACGAAACUAUGUACCAGCACUACUAUUUUCAGGGGUUGACUUUCCCUCAACAGCCCGAGGCUGGCCAGGUGCCUGCGGGGGCAGGGCACCUGGGUGGAGCAGGGGCGCACAAGGGCCACCACAGCAGGGCCUUUCAGCAGGGGCUGCUUUACCCCACAGUGGUACACAUGGCUCCUGCUUCUUCUUCGAGGAUAGGUGACGCCGGCAGCACUUCUGGCCUGAGCUGUUACCAUGGCCACCGCUCGGUGUGCAGCGGUUACCUUGCCGACUGCCCUGGUAGUGACAGCAGCAGCAGCAGCUCAGGCCAGUGCCACUGUUCCUCCAGCGACUCCAUGUUGGACUGUACUGAGGUCAGCAACCAGGGGGUGUACGGUAGCUGCUCCACCUUCCGCAGCUCGCUGAGCAGUGACUACGAUCCUUACGUGUACCGGAGUAAGAGUCCGUGCAGGGGCUCUGCAGGGGAAGCGGGGGCCGCAGCUUGCACCGCUGUUCCUGCAGAGGACUCAUCCCAUGCUCCCUUGGGACAUGACUGCCUCCAGCUCCCUCCCGGAGCGUCGGGAUAUAACUCGGGGGACCAUCUCUCCAACUGCAGCUUGGAGCCCAACUACAGCAGUCGCUCAUCACUGGAACCCAGGGAGAACAACACCAGCACUACCUCAGCCGGGGCUGCAGAAGCUACCGGGGCAGACAGGGGGAAAGGGGCACAGGAGGAUUCGGGGGAGAUCGGGGCUGCAGCUUGUAGCUGCUGCUUUGAGGUGCUCCCUCCCAAUGUGGAGUGCAAAGGGCAGGACUCGGACCAAGCUGGGCCUCUGGGCUCAGGACGAUGUCACAGGGGGGUGGACUUUCAGAGCUCCACCUCCAAGAACUACUUUGCUCCUGAGCACAUGUGCCCUCCUUCAGAGCAGGUGAGCUACGAAGGGCUUCCUUGCUGCUUCUACAAAGAGAUGAAGGUCCACAGGGCCACAGCAGGGUGCUACACUGAGGACUACGCUGUUAAUGUGCAGUACGCACAUGCAGACUCAGAGGCCUGCACUGGACAGGGCUGCUGUGAACUCAACCAGAGAAUACCCAUAAUUCCUGAGGACACAGAUUGUGAAUUGGGCACAGGAGCAGAGACCAAGAGCAGUUUACUGCCCAUCAGUGUCACGGUGGAGUCAGAGGUGAGGACAGGGGAGCGCCACGAGCCCAGCGAGGGGUACUUCACCUCAGGACAGUUUAGAGGUCAGCCAUACCCUCAGGAGGAGGAGACCAGGGCUUUGUUCCACCCGCAGCUCUCUGCCAGUCCCGCUGCAUUUGGAAGCAGUACUUCGACAAAUGAGGGAGGUCUGGGUAUAUGAACUUACACCUGGAGAGAAGGGACAGUUUAAAGUAUGUAUUUGGUACCGUAUCAGUCAGUCAAUCAUUGAAACCCUCAGUUGCCUUGUUCUAACCUUGCUCUCGGAGCACUGAAUGUUAUCAUCUUAGAUUGUGUGGAUUUCUACUGAAAUGGCCUGUUGUUUCUAUCCAGUUCAUUCCUGUGGCCACAAACGUCUCGGCGCCACAUUACGUUACCACGGCGCAGAGUCGAACAUGAACGGAGGUUGUUAACUGGAACUAGAAGUAGGUUGGUACCGGCUUCUAUCGGGCGACGUGUCUGCUGCCGUCAGGGGUCCGACCCCCUCCGUGGUGCAGGCCCAUUUCUUGUGAGAUUUCUUCAGAUGUUGUCAAGAGCAAGUUAUGGAGACUCCAUCUGUUGUGCAAGAUCUAGGAACCUGAGAUUUUCUCUCUAGUACACUCUUAAUUCACCGAUUACUGCAUCUACAUGUAUACAUCUCGUAUAUGUGCGCACAUGAACACUGACUGCCUAUAAAAGCUUCAACCACCAACUCAAAUAGGUUGUAUGGACAUAGCUAUACCAAAACAGAAAGACAUGAUUGUUGUUUUUGUUUGUUUUGUUUUUUUUACUUUUUUCAAGAGCAGGGAAAUGGGUCUUUAAGUGUUGGUGACCCACGUGUUUCUCUGUGGAGAAGAAGCUAUAUAUUACACAAAAUGCAUAGAAAUGUGAAUGCAAGGCUGACACUGGUCUCUAUUCGAUUUAAUACAGAAUUUGUUUUAUGCAUUGCAUUUCUGUCCAGUCGUGGCCUACUGUACCUGUACGGGAUGUGCCAGAGCAACGUAAAAGCCUUAUAUACGAGCUAUUUGUAGCAAUAUCUAAAGACACUGCACUGCUUUUGGUCGAACUCCGAAGUGACAGUGUCGUGCGGGGGUGAACACAUUUUUUUCUGGAGGGGAGUGUAGCGCUCCACGUCUUGUUCGGACGCCCCUUAAAAGUGUAUUUUUGCCGUCACUUACCCCGAUUUCCUCAGUGAGGCUGAUAAAUAUCGAUAAAAAAGGUUCUUGCAUGUAUCAAAAGGCCAAAGGAAAGUAGCUGGAGAAGACUCAUAAUUUCAAAAGGGUUCCUUAUUGUACUGUGACUUUAAAAAAAAAACAAAAAACGAUGCAGUUAUUCAUAACACAAUGUAUUCGUUUGAUUCAUAUCAUGCCGUGCAUAAUCCAUACUCGCGAUAUCAAUGCUUGUCAUUCAUGCCUUUCUGUUUGUCCUGCAGACUGUUUUUAUACUGUUUCUAUGAAAUGUACACAUUCUCAACACAGAGGAAAACCUUCUGAAAUAACUCUAUUUAUAACCCAGUGCUGUAAUCAACUGAGAAUCUAAUCUUGCCUUUUGCAUAGAGAUAUGUACCUACUGCAAAUAUAACAUUUUGGGGUACUU